UUUUAACUGCGCCAUAUCUAUUCGGUAAAAGAUGGCUCGAGGCUUUGAGCGGUUAAAAUUAAGCCUUUCAUCUCUUCUAUCUCUAUUGCGAAGGGAAAAAAAAACAAAAAAAAAAACGGAAAAACUUAUCUCUACGCUGUUUCUCGUCUUGUUCUUCAGCUGAGCCAACUCAGCUCCGAGUUAGCUCAUCGGAGCUCGGGCGUUGCCAUCUCACACCGUUAUUUUCCAGGGACUCCGAGUUCGAAUAUUUCCACUUUUUGGAUUUUUGCGAGUUUCUCUAUCCUUUGAUAGAGAAUUGUGGCGAUCUAAUUGAAAACGAGUUUGGAACGAGUAUGAAAAAGGUGACGCGAAAAGUUGGAAGAUAUGAGAUGGGACGCACAAUUGGAGAAGGUACUUUCGCCAAGGUUAAGUUUGCGCAGAACACAGAGACUGGUGAGAGUGUGGCCAUGAAAGUUAUGGCAAAAACCACCAUACUCAAGCACAAAAUGGUUGAUCAGAUAAAAAGAGAGAUAUCCAUAAUGAAGAUUGUCAGGCAUCCUAAUAUAGUUAGGCUGCAUGAGGUUUUGGCUAGCCGGACAAAGAUUUACAUUGUUCUAGAGUUUGUCACUGGAGGAGAACUUUUUGAUAGAAUUGUUCAUCAAGGCAGACUUUCCGAGAACGAAUCCAGACGAUACUUUCAACAGCUUAUAGAUGCAGUUGCUCAUUGUCACAGUAAGGGUGUGUACCACAGAGAUUUGAAGCCUGAAAAUCUUCUUCUCGAUUCCAGCGGAAGCUUAAAAGUUUCUGAUUUUGGACUGAGUGCAUUGCCACAACAAGGAGUUGAACUUCUUCGUACCACUUGCGGGACCCCCAAUUAUGUUGCCCCUGAGGUGUUAGGUCACCAGGGUUAUGACGGUGCCGCUGCAGAUGUCUGGUCAUGUGGAGUCAUCCUCUAUGUUUUAAUGGCGGGAUAUCUCCCAUUUGAUGAGACGGACCUUCCAACCUUGUACAAAAAGGUCAGUGCCGCACAAUUUUCGUGCCCAUUUUGGUUUUCUCCUGGUGCAAAAUCCUUGAUACAUAAGAUACUUGAUCCCAAACCUGAAACUCGUAUUCGGAUUGAAGGUAUAAAAAAUGAUCCAUGGUUCCAGAAGAACUACAUGGUUGUCAGACUUGGAGAAGAUGAAGAAGUGAAUUUGGAUGAUGUUCGUGCAGUUUUUGAUGACAUCGAGGACCAGUUUGUAACUGAACAAUCCGAAAACAAGGAAAGUGGCCCUCUGAUAAUGAAUGCAUUUGAGAUGAUCACCCUCUCUCAAGGCUUGAACCUCUCAGCCUUGUUUGACAGAGGUCAGGAUUAUGUAAAGCGGCAAACCCGUUUUGUUUCACGCCAGCCAGCUAAAAUUAUAAUUUCUACUAUUGAAGCUGUUGCAGAAUCAAUGUCUCUCAAGGUCCACACACGUAACUACAAGACAAGACUUGAAGGAGUCUCUGCCUAUAGGACUGGUCAACUUGCUGUCGUGUUGGAGGUUUUUGAAGUUGCCCCAUCGCUUUUCAUGGUGGACGUACGAAAGGCUGCUGGGGAUACUCUUGAAUAUCACAAGUUCUACAAGAACUUCUGUGCUAAACUCGAGCAUAUCAUAUGGAAACCAACUGAUCCUGCUCUGCUUAAGUCAAUGACUUGCUGAUCCAGUUCUAUGGGUGUGAAGCAUAUCAGUAAGCAGACCAACACAGGAAAGCUAUUCGUUGGUCAUGGAAGCAUACUUGUCUUGGGCAUCAAUAGGCAAGAAAUAUUACAUGGUUUGUAAGUUGCAGUCCCCUUUUUAGCUUUUAAUCACUGCGGCAUUAUAUUAUAAAACCGAUUUCAUUAGGUUUAGUGGUUUCUUCCAACCCUCUAGGUUGACCUAUAAUCCUUGUAUUUAGAGCCUAGAGGUUGUAUGCACAGAAAAUCAUACUUGUCUCAGGUUGUAUACAGAGUACGUAUCAUAAAUGCCUAUAAUUUAUACAUUUUAUUUA